UUUAGCCUUGAAUGCCAUUCGUUAUCUUCGUUACGAGGAAACCAGCCUAUAGGAAUCGAUCCAGCCGGAAGGCUUCCCAUGACGGUCGGCGAGCCAAAGCCGCGGCCUGUCGAGUGCGCCGAAGCCGAAGACAUGAAGCUUAUGGCGCUAUGGCGGCUCCGGAGUUGCCUUUGUGGUGCUUGCAUGCGUAGUUCACGCUCCCGCGCGGCCACGUAGCUGUCAAGUUCGUUGAUGCACAGGUAAUUUAGGCAACAACCCGCGAUGAACAGGUGGCCUUUGCCGACAAAGUCGUACUUAGAAGAAAACCCAAACAGCUUAUUAGCAUGUCCAUUGACGAAGAAGUCGAUUACGCUUUCAUGGAUCGGUUGGACUACCCGGCUUUCCCCAGAAGUGCUGUCUAACGAGCCCGCGCCCGCGAGGAUGGACCCGAAAUCACCGCCUAUAUCAGGGACGUCAAUGCCGCCUUUGACCUCGAUCAGGCCCUGAGAGAGGCUCCGGAUUUGCCGCUCAAGCUGGGCGUCGUUCUGCGUGUAGAAUUCCGAUGCCCGCCAUUCGUUCAGAGAUGCCGGCGGCGUGCCGUCGCGGAUGAAGGUGAGAAUGUGGUGCCACUCUCGGAGCCGAAGGCGGCCUCUUGCCAGAAUGGGCACAUGAAGAGAUGCAGCGUCGUGCUGCGGUCCUCGGGAUCCAU